CAUAACCUCACCAGUUUUACAGCCAAGGAACUCAUUCGAUCUUGAGACACGAGAUGGUCUGGGACGGAGGAAUCGAGCCCAAUGGCACAGAAGGCAAGAACUUCUACAUUCCCAUGUCCAACAGGACUGGGAUUGUCAGAAACCCAUUUGAGUAUCCGCAGUAUUACAUGGUGGACCCGAUGAUCUACAAGCUGCUGGCUUUCUACAUGUUUUUCCUGAUCUGCACCGGAACUCCCAUCAACGCUCUGACUUUGGUGGUGACCGCCAAGAACAAGAAGCUCCAACAGCCACUCAAUUACAUCCUGGUCAACCUGGCCGUGGCUGGUCUCAUCAUGUGCGCCUUCGGCUUCACCAUCACCAUCACUUCUGCCAUGAAUGGCUACUUCAUUCUGGGACCUACGAUGUGUGCCGUUGAGGGAUUCAUGGCCACACUUGGAGGUGAAGUGGCUCUCUGGUCCCUGGUGGUCCUGGCUAUCGAGAGGUACAUUGUCGUGUGUAAGCCUAUGGGAAGCUUCAAAUUCAGCGGAACCCAUGCAGGAGUCGGUGUGCUCUUCACCUGGAUCAUGGCAUUCUCUUGUGCUGGCCCUCCACUGUUUGGCUGGUCGAGAUACCUCCCCGAGGGCAUGCAGUGCUCCUGCGGACCCGACUACUACACGUUGGCUGCCGGAUUCAACAACGAAUCCUACGUCAUCUACAUGUUUGUGGUCCACUUCUUUAUCCCAGUCUUCCUCAUCUUCUUCACUUAUGGCAGCCUGGUGUUGACGGUCAAAGCCGCAGCUGCUCAGCAACAGGAGUCAGAAUCUACCCAGAAGGCUGAAAGAGAAGUGACCCGCAUGUGCAUCCUCAUGGUCUUUGGCUUCCUGGUGGCCUGGACGCCAUACGCCACCUUCAGCGGCUGGAUCUUCAUGAACAAGGGGGCUGCCUUCACUGCCAUGACGGCUGCUAUCCCUGCCUUCUUUGCUAAGAGCUCGGCUCUGUACAACCCAGUCAUCUACGUGCUGAUGAACAAACAGUUCCGUAACUGCAUGUUGAGCACCAUCGGAAUGGGCGGCAUGGUGGAAGAUGAGACCUCAGUGUCCGCAAGCAAGACAGAAGUUUCCUCUGUCUCUUAAGAUGUAUAUAUUUUCAUAUACCUGGACACUUUUUACUACACAUCUCCAUGUUUUUGAGUGGAUAAACGAAAUGUUUCUCUCCAAAUCCCAACAAUGGAAUUGCUCCACAGAAGAUGGAAUUCAUCUCAACAACUCAUAUGAAUGAAUUGAGCCAUAUGAGUCAAGUCACCGCAACGUUUGGUCUGAAAAUUCAUCCUGUCCUCUCAGAACAAGUCGCCCUCACAUCUCUGGGAGUCAUUUUGUCCUGUUCUUUUAAACAGAACAAAAUACAUCAAGUGAGCUGUAAACAUUGUAUAUAUAUUCUAGAUAAAUAAAUGCAUGCAUCAAAAAACA